AAAAGAAUAAAAAUAGAGUUCUUGUUGUACCUCAUUUCUUUUCUCGAUUGACUGAGAAGUAGUACUUCCUUUCAACAUUAUUUCAUUUCUUCGUUGGUUUGAUGACAUGGCAUCAAUAUGGUUCUGCAUUUUUAUUAUCUUGAUUAAACUGGAGUUUCUUAAAGGGCUUUCUGUAAAGGGUUUUAAUCCUGGUAGUGGCGUGAACUUUUAUGGAAAAGCCCAGAAAAAUAGUCUUUUGACUCCUGCGAAGGAUUUUAUUAUCAGCCUAGAGCCACGGGAUUGCUCAAAAGCCCCUAAGAACUCCUCGUGUAUCGAAGAUUUUUUAGCCAAUGAUCCAAAUUUACUGUGCCAAGCUCUGGAGCCUGUCCUUUGUGACCCUUUUUACCCUUAUAGACAUUUCGACGGGAAGUGCAACCACCUGAGCGCCGGGAAAUUUGGCAUGUCAAGAAAUUGCUACCUGAGAUUCAUAGCACCUGAAUUCGAUGGUUAUGGGGAUGUACGAAAGUCUUCCUCGGGGGGCUCCUUACCUGAGCCUAGAUUCAUCUCUUUGCAGAUAUUCAAAAAUGAUAGCAAGCUCUCUUCAAAGGUGACUUUCUUAUUUGUGCUGUUUGGGCAGUUGAUAGCGCACGAUUUGGCUCGGGCUGUGAGGCCUUUCAAAACAAAAUGCUGUGAUCCCAAGAACUCAAAUAACCCAGAAUGUAUGCCAAUAAAAGUUAGCCCAGAUGAUCCCUUUUAUUCAAAGUACAACAAGACGUGCAUAGAUUUUCAUCGCUCGGAAGAAUGCAAGUACUGUGUACAAGCGACUAGAGCGCAAACAAAUGGAGCAACUGCCGCCAUGGAUGCAUCGUGGUUGUAUGGAGAGAAUGAAGAAAAGGCGAAGGAGUUAAGAUUCUUUAAUGGAAAAGGCCAACUGAAAUUCGAGGAAGGAGACCUCCCGAUUGUCGGAGUGGACAAAGAAGACGAAUUUUGUUAUGAAGGGCAAGAGUCGAAAUGCAUUUUAAAUGGAGAUCCACGAGUGAAUCAGCAUUCCUCUUUGACGAGCUCUAUGACGGUAUGGUUGAGAGAACAUAACAGAGUCGCCAGGGAACUAAAAAUACUGAAUCCAGACUGGGAGGAGGAAAAACUCUUUCAGGAAGCCAGAAAAAUAGUCAUUGCAGAAUUCCAAUGCAUCGCCUAUAAAGACUUCUUACCAACUCUCUUGGGUGCUCGUGUGAUGAAACAAUUCGGUACUUACAUAGAAAACGGCUCGGUUGGCACAAAUUAUGAUCCAACGGUCGUUAUAGGUGUUUGGAACGAAUUCUCAAUUGCAGCUUUCAGACUUCACAGUUUAAUACCUUCUGACAUUGGUUAUGGCAAUAUGACAUUUAAGGAUACAUUUUCGAAUCCGGAUCUUGUUCGGAAAGGCCAUGCUUCAGAUUUGCUGCGAGGUUCAUUUGGCGUGAGUUUGGAGAAUUAUGAUCAUUAUAUGGUUGAUGAUGUGACCAAAUAUUUGUAUUUGAAGUACCAAGAUUUGGCUUCUAUCAAUAUUCAGCGAGGAAGAGACCAUGGACUGCCACCCUAUGUGAAGGCUAUAAAAUUUUGUUCUGCAGGUUCUGUGAAAGUCCAAAACUUUGAUGAUCUACGGAAGCUCGGUUUGAUGACAAGAACAAAUGCAAGACUUUUGAAUCAAACAUAUGAGAAUGUGAACGAUAUAGAUAUGUGGGUUGGAAUGCAAAUGGAAAAACAUAUGAGUGGAUCCAUGUUGGGCCCAACUGCCGUCUGUAUUAUUGCUAAGCAGACCUUCUUUACUAUGCAUGGCGAUCGAUUUUUCUUCAAUCACGAGGGACCGAUACCUGCCUUCACGGAAGAUCAAAGAAUCGAACUCAAGAAAUGCUCACUUGCUCGCGUUUUAUGCGACAACACAAACAUUACGGAAAUCACUAAGAAUCCUUUUUUUCUUCCUAAGAAUCGAAAUCCUAAAGUAUCAUGCGAGGAAAUUCCAAAAAUAAAUCUUACUCUCUGGAAAGAAUCUAGUGGCAUUUUAGGCUUAAAAUUUCCUAAAAUUGCUCUGCCCGAUUCAGAUAAUCCAAACCUACCUUUUGGACUUUCUUUAUAAUGGUUACAUUCGUGAUGAUGAACUUCUGCAUCAGAAAAAAAGAAGGCAAUGGUUAUCGCUGAUAUUAGCACAACAAUGCAUUAAUACUGGUUAAGAAGAACAUUCUAUUCUUCCACUUUGAUAUUGAAGUCGUGAUGUAAAAUUGGAAAUCUGGGAAUUCUUUGAAAGCUAGGGUGAAUCAAAAGAAUUUUGGCCAUCCUAUAUAGACUAUUUUACGAAUACUGUACUUCUAGAAUGAAAUAAAUUCUUCUAGAAUUCUUUUU